CAACUGUUAGGCUUCAGAGUGGAAAAGGCUCUGGAAAGUACUGGAACACUGUAUUUAAGUAGGAUCUCUGCUGUCCUCUCUUACUGAGCCCCAGGGUCUUUUUUUUUCAUACAGUGAUCAUACCUGUCCUAUUCUUGUGAGGCCCUAUCAGUGAGAUUGUGAAUGCAGAAAAAUGCCCCUACCAUAGGCUCUCCCUGAAAGGGCAGGACUCCACCUCUCAUUGGCAUGGCUCUAGCCCUGCCUUCGUUGCCUGGCAACAGUUCUGUGUCUCUUGACAGAGGACACACUAUGGCAGGUGGAAGUUCAGGAGCCAAGAGGAUAGUGGUAUACCGAAAUGGGGAUCCCCACUCCCCAGGCCGCCAGCUGGUGGUGACCCAACGCCGUUUCCCCACCAUGGAGGCCUUCUUUUAUGAGGUGACAUCAGCCGUGCAGGCCCCACUAGCUGUGCGUGCCCUCUAUACACCUUUUCAUGGCCACCCUGUCACCGACCUGGCAGAACUGCAAAAUGGAGGGCAGUAUGUGGCUGCUGGCUUCGAAAGAUUUCGCAAGCUUCACUAUUUACCCCCUGGAGGGAAGGAUCCAGGUGGGAAGAGCAGCAGACUACAAGAUCCUCUCAUGACUGGCCACCCGUGUGACUGGGCUCUUGGACAGUGGCUGCCUGCAGGCAUCCCCUUCUAUAUCCAUGUGUUUAGGAAUGGGGAUCUGCUAAGUCCUCCAUUCAAUCUGAAGGUGUCCCAGGCUGCCAUUCAGGACUGGGAAACUAUGUUGAAGCUCCUGACUGACAAGGCCAAGUUACAGAAUGGGGAUGUGCAUAAACUCUGCACCCUGGAGGGGCUCACACUGUCAUCGGUGGAGGCUCUGGUGAAUGGCCAUUACUACGUGGCUGUUGGAGAGGAUGAAUUUAAGGCCCUUCCCUAUCUGGAGCUGCUGGUGCCCAGUCCCUCCCUGCCCAGGGGCUGCUGGUAUCCUCCAGGCCUGAAGUAUAGACCCCACAGGCAGAGGGACCAAGGCCUCAGGACACAGGUCACUCUUCCCUUUCCAAAAGAACCAGCACAAAUUGAACCAUCUGUUUUCUAUGCCAGACCCCAGCAGAACAUUCAGCCAAGAAGCAAGCUCCCCACUCUCUUGUUUCCAUCAGGAGUUAAGGGAAUAUACAGGGCUCCUCACCCAAGGAGGGAGACAACAGGGGCCCAAGACGUAGCAGACAAUGAAGACACCUGGACAGAGCAGCCCUUGGACCAGAGAGCAGCACAAACAGUGGAGGAGGCCAUGUCCUCGGAACACAAGUCUGGAGCUAGACUGCAUCCUCAGCCUUAGCCAUUGCACCAUCUUGAGAGCCAAAGCUCUAAAAAGAAACAGGAAGACAGCAGUUGGGUAGACACCUUUUGUCUUCAGCCUGUUCCUGAGAAUCAACGUCUCCCCUGUGCUUAUAGGGAUGUGGUUUCCUCAACCCCUUCCCAUUCUUCUAGGCCUAUAGCCCAGUCUUCUUUCUCCUCAGCAGAGCAGCCCUAGAUGUGGAGGCUGUUUUCUUAUGGGAUUCUCUGUCCAGAGAAAGGAGUAGCUGAUUGAGCUUGGCAAGCGACCACAAAUGUGAAAGUAGAUUUGUCACAAUAAAAGAAUACUUAACUAA